CUUCCCCUCUUGGCCACUUCCUCUCACGUCUUGCUGGUGGCACGAUCCCAGCAUCCUGUGGCCCCAGAGUGCUGGGCACCACUGACCUGGAGGAGCAGGUGGGGCUGGCUGCAGGGAGAGACUCAGCCAGGUAGCCCCCCCGACGGAGAAGGAGCCCCCCCAAACAUCGGGGCCAUCCAGAGUGUGUUCCAGGUGGAGAAAGGUCCGACGGAGAGAACAGAAGACACUCCCAUGGCUGCAAAGGGCACCUCCCUCCCCACAACUCUCUUGAGCGUCUCUCCCCCGACCUAUUAUGACGAAUAUGGGGAAAUCUAUGAAGAUGAUGCCCAGCAGAAAGCGCUGCUCAAGAACAUGCAUGUGCUCUCCAUGGUGAUCUACUCCAUCGCCUUCGUGCUCGGAGUGACGGGCAACGGGCUGGUCAUCUUCAUCACCGGCUUCCGGAUGAAGAGAACUGUCAACACCAUCUGGUUCCUCAAUUUGGCCGUGGCUGACUUCAUCUUCACCUUUUUCCUCCCCCUCAGCGUGGCCUACACUGCCAUGGGCUUCCACUGGCCCUUCGGGCUGGCCCUGUGCAAGAUCAACACAGCCGUGGCCUUCCUCAACCUCUACGCUAGUGUCUACCUUCUCAUGGUCAUCAGCAUAGACCGUUGCAUCUCCGUCAUGCUUCCAGUGUGGGCCCAGAACCACCGCACGCCUCGCCUGGCUUUAUUGGUAGCUUUGGCUGUGUGGGUCCUGGCCUUGGUUUUGUGUUCUCCGUAUCUCUACUUCCGCUACACGGAUCACUCCCCGAAUCACUUCCGCCACACAGAUCCCUCCCCAUUCAACAAGGACAUCAUCAACUGCUACAAUAAUUUCAACACAGCCUCGAAAGGGGCUACCAAGGAGGAGAUCCACAGAAUUAUCAACAUGAACCAUCGGGCCAUGACCAUCAGCCGCUUUGUCUUGGGUUUCCUCAUCCCCUUUGCCGUCAUCGUGUGCUGCUACAGCACCAUCUUGAUCAGGCUAAGGCGGGGCCACAUGACCCAGUCUAGUAAGCCCUUCAAGGUCAUUGCCGCCGUGAUCGUGGCUUUCUUCAUCUGCUGGUUGCCCUACCACAUCUUCUCUUUCCUGGAGUUACACCGGACCCCCAGCAUGGACACUGCUCUCAUCAUUGGCCUCCCCUUGACCUCCAGCCUGGCCUUCAUCAACAGCUGCCUCAACCCCAUCCUCUAUGUCUUCAUGGGACAGGACUUCAAGGAGAAGCUGCGCCGGUCCCUCUUUUCUGCCUUCGAAAGUGCCUUUACCGAGGAUGCUGUCAGCACCACGGCCAACACGAAGAGCAAAUCCAGCAUGGAGAUGGAAUCCCAGGCCACCUAGGAGCUGUGCCUUUGCCUAGAGCUGGGAACUGCAGCUGGGGUCAGCCCGAACCUCUUCUCAUCAUCCACAGGGGCAAAAUGGACCCAAAGGACUCCGCCCUCCCAUGGACAUGAUCCCUACUGAACCCUGCUUGUUCUGAUAUGCCAGAGACGAUCUAGGCUCAUGUGGUCUUUCCCCCUUCAAACACUACGCUUCUGUGAACCGAUGCAUUCAUGCGGAUGGAUGGAAGCCAAAAAAGGAUGAAACGGAUCCUUCACUGAUUUCUCUGUAUUAAAUGCAUUCAACAUAAUGACCACAGACAGGCUUUUCUGCACUCAGGAGUGACGUCAGGGGCACCCCACGGCAGACAUCGGGUCUUCAUUUGGUCUUCCAUUUGGUCUCUGAGAACAAUCACAAAGGCCUUCUUCCCCCGCUUCUGUCCUUAACGCUGCCUUUUAUUGAAAGUUCCAAAUAAAAUAUCGGGGC